ACCGUGUGCACGGCACCCGAGGUGUGUGUAAACCUUAGCGGGCGGAGACACUGCUUGUAUUCGCCAACAACUCGUGUAGCUAGCUGGAGGUUGUCAGCGUGGAGUGACGACUGCCGACUCGCGACUGUAACCGAGUCGCAAAUGUUUUGUGUUGCCGUGGAGAAGAAACGCGAGAGCUACCGUGCUUCCCUGGGGCUUGGGGAUAGGCAACCGAUACAUCUCCUAAGAGCUUGACAUCUCAUCCAAGUUGUCAGAUAUUGUCUUGGAUUCUUCCCUCAUCUCGGUGAGGGACAAGUUCUGCUUUUCCCCUUAAAUAAUUGGUUUUUGAUAUUGGAGGGGAUUUUGGCAGGCUGACUCAACCACGCGAUGGCUGAUACCGUGACCGAGACCUACACCAGCCUCGUUCCCAUCAAUGAGACCGAAUGGGGAAGAGAUAACAACGGGUCGAACUCCUACUAUGAAGGGGACGGCCACAGUGUGACUCGUGUAAUCGGUAUAGUCAUGGGCUCCUUGUACCUUCUUAUCACGGUCGUGGGUCUUGCCGGAAAUGGCACGGUGAUCUAUGUGAUUUUGCGCUACGCCAAAAUGAAGACAGUCACCAACUGCUACAUCAUGAACCUUGCUAUGGGAGACACCCUCUUCCUCAUUUUCCUGACUUUCUUGGCUGUCGCCAGCUUGCAGGAUCAGGGCUGGGUUUUUGGCCCUGUCCUGUGCAAAGUGGUCUUCAGCGUCGACGGGAUGAAUAUGUUCAUCAGCCUGUUCUGCUUGACGGCGAUGAGCAUCGAUCGCUACGUGGCGGUGUGCCACGCCAUGAAAUCACGAGCCUUCCGGAACCUCCGCGUGGCCACCGCUGUGAACAGCGGCAUCUGGGUGUUGGCGAUUCUAGCGGCGAUCCCUAUCAUCUAUUUCACACAAUAUCACGAGGAAACUGAAUUCGAUCCGGCUUACUGCUUUCUCACCUUCCCAGAAGGGCAGAUGUUUACCAUGAGCCGAUAUCUCCUGAUUUAUUUCUUCAUCGUGGGAUUCGUGGUGCCGCUGAUCGUCAUUAUUGCCUGCUAUGCCAGCAUCAUGGUGCGCCUUAGGGACAUGAACAAGAAGACGGGCAAACCCGAGAAGUCUCGUAAGGUCAACCGGAUGGUCCUCAUCGUUGUCAUCACUUUCGUCGUGUGCUGGUGGCCGUUCUACCUGUUCCGAUUCUUGUCGCUGUACUGGAAAGACUUCAGGGGCUGGCAAGGCAGCAUGGUGAUAACGGAGAUGUGCAUGGGACUGAGCUACCUCAACAGCUGCAUCAACCCGCUCCUCUACGCCUUCCUGAGCGACAACUUCCGGAAGAGCUUCCAGAAGGCGUGGUGCUGCGACGGCGACAGCCGCUCCGAGAUCAGCCUGGCCUCCCACGCCAGCCGCUGGAAGUUCGGUAAGAACGGGGGGCGGGGUAGGCCGAAGAAAAAGGGCGGCCGGUUCCGCCUGCACGACGACGAGGGAGACGACGAAAACAUCUCUGGUACGAAUAACCAGUACCCGCUGACGGCCACUGCAGUGACCUCGGCCAUGUCCGAAUCUAAUUACCCGAGAAAUGGUGAGUUGGCGCAGGUACAGAUGGACCAUACUGCGAUUGCCAUUGCUUGAGAACAUCAACAGUUUUCAUUGUGAUAGCCAAUGCUUUAUAUUCUCAACGUACCGCUUUAAAAUGAUGACAGUUACCUAGAACGUUUAAAUAGUACAAUUGUAAAUACUCUGCACAGCUGGAAAAAACUGCGUGCACUUUUACUUGUUCAUAAAGUCACAAGCAUAGCUUCAACGGUGUUUGUGACCAACGUGACUUGAAAGAAAAGAAAAGAAAACAAAACCAAGAAACCCUCCCCACUCCUUCGGAACUGAUCUCUGUACGAUUCCCAACUCACGGACACACAGGGACAAGCAAAGUCAAAGACAACGCAUUCUCACACGGGCAGACUUUGUAAAUGGGCACUUUACAUGCAUUAUGCACGGUCGCUGGGGGCACACGACCCCUUGUGGCGGAAAGGCAAGAAGACUGAAGUUGACCGUAGCUGAAGCCAACUUGCCAGAUGCGACUAACGAUUUGCUGUCAGCCAGCGAGCUUUAGACGCCGUCUGCAAUCGUCCACUGUUGUUGAGUAUUUAUUUUCAAUUACCAUAAACGACCAUCGGUCUAGGCCUUUGAUGUCAAUUUCUGUAGUCUCAGCUCAGUAUUUAACCCAUUUCAAGUGCAAGUAUCACCUUCAAGACAAGUCGCAAGCAAUGUAAUUCACUGACUGCAAAGUGUAAAGGUCAGCUUUGCAUGUUCAUGUAUUUAAACAUGACAGCCUACCAUACAUAAGCAGGGUUCGAAGUUCUUACCCAAUGCUCAGCCUAUAAAAUGCGUGAUCUCCUAACUUGGAAUUGGUUAUUUUGAAAUCCUGGUACUCCUCGGACUGUAAAUGGAUCAGAAAUGAUCAAUGCGGCAUUCACUUUGUCAUUUCGUCACCGCCACCACCAAGUUUCGCUUGUGUUGCCAAGGAAAAACAGGUUUUCGAGAUAAUCGCUAGAGAAGUUCUUCCUUUAUAAAAACUAAGAAAAUUAGUAUUUUGUGACAACUUCAUGUAACAAAAAUCCCUUAAACGAUUCUCUGAUGUCUGAUCGUUCACUUAACCCGAGUAAUUAGUAUGAAAACGGGUUAUUUGGCCAAAAUUAUUUAGCAAAGGUUAACGUCACUUUGUGAAUACGAAAAUUACGUUUUUGUACAUGAACGUCCUUCUGUUCAAUGUAUAAUAAUCACAGGGAAGGUGAUCGUGUCUUUAUGCGCGCACAACUGUGAAUGUAACAAAGCUGACGUCACUUGGUGAAAAUGAAAAUCCCGGUUGACCUACUUUUCAGCCGUUUCCUUGCAAUACAUUUCGUGCAUGUUCAAAGGACGUUAUGCAUUGCGUCUCUUCGUGUAAACGCAAAAUGCUGUUUUCAAGAUGUCUGACCUUGAAAACAUUAAUGUAACCAUGGCAUUAAUGAUGUUUUCUUUGUGGGAGCAUGUCAAAAUGGUCAAGAACGAUAUUGUUAAAGGAAA